GGAAGUGUUCGGGUCUGAAUGAGUGGCUGUGGUUCCUGGGUCUCGGGUUGGCGCUGGGCAACUGUUGGGACUGAUCUUUGUCAGCGUCCAGGUUCAUGUGGAGGUUCCCGGGGGUCCGUGCCGUCCUUCGUGGGGUCCGGUCGGCGGGGGUGGAGCAGCGCAGCCGGGCCGAGGCGGUGACCGAGCCGGCGGCGGCGGCGGGCGCGAUGGAGCGCGCGGUGGUGCGCUGUGUGCCCUCGGAGCCCAAGCUGAGCCUGUCUUUCGCGCUGGCCGACGGCAGUCACAAGAACAUGCAGCGGGAUCAGAGCGAGCCGGUGGGGCGGGCUCUCAGCAGGAUCGCCACCAACGCGCUCAAGGGUCACGCGAAGGCGGCGGCCAAGAAGGGCCGCAGGAACCGACCCCAGUCGAGCGGCGCCGCCGCCGCCUGUGCAACGGGCACCGGGCCCGAACCGCCGGCGGCCUGCGAACCCGUGGUGAAGCUGUACUACCGAGAGGAAGCCGUGGCCGAGGACGUGCUCAACGUAGACGCCUGGCAGGACGGCGCCGUGCUGCAGAUUGGAGACGUCAAGUACAAGGUGGAGCGCAACCCGCCGGCCUUCACCGAGCUGCAGCUGCCGCGCUACAUUAUGGCCGGCUUCCCGGUGUGCCCGAAGCUGGCCCUGGAAUUCGGAGACCCCGCCAGCUCGCUCUUCCAUUGGUACAAGGAAGCCAAGCCCAGAGCGGCGGAAGAGCCAUCCGAUGACGGUGGACCCUCGUCAUGGUCGCACUCCUCCUCGCCAUCUUCUGCUUGGACCGAGACCGGGGUGGACGAGCGCGUCUACACUCCCAGCAAUGCUGACAUCGGCUUACGGCUCAAGCUUCGGUGCACGCCGGGCAAUGGGCAGCGCCUCGGUCCCAGCCGGGAGUUGGAAAGUGUGUGUCCGGUGGAGGCGGGGCCUGGAACCUGCACUUUCGACCACCGGCAUCUGUACACCAAGAAGGUGACCGAGGACGCUCUCAUCCGCACAGUCUCCUACAACAUCCUGGCCGACACAUACGCCCAGACUGAGUUCUCGAGGACGGUCCUGUACCCAUACUGUGCCCCCUACGCCCUGGAGGUCGACUAUCGCCAGAACCUCAUCCAGAAGGAACUCACCGGCUACAACGCCGACCUCAUCUGUUUGCAGGAGGUGGACCGCGCCGUGUUCGCCGACAGCUUGGUACCCGCCCUCGAGGCCUUCGGGCUGGAGGGCGUGUUUCGCAUAAAGCAGCACGAAGGCCUGGCCACUUUCUACCGGAAGUCGAAGUUUCAUCUUCUUAGCCAGCAUGACAUCUCUUUCCAAGAAGCCCUGGAGUCUGACCCACUUCACAAAGACUUACUGGGAAAACUAGUUCGGUACCCACUGGCGCAGGAGAAAGUACUCCAGAGAUCUUCUGUCCUUCAGGUUUCAGUUCUUCAAUCUGUAACGGACUCUACUAAAAAGAUAUGUGUUGCUAAUACCCAUCUCUACUGGCAUCCAAAAGGUGGGUACAUUCGUCUCAUUCAAAUGGCAGUAGCCCUGGCUCACAUUAGACAUGUCUCAUGUGCUCUGUAUCCUGGCAUACCAGUCAUAUUUUGUGGUGAUUUUAAUAGUACACCAUCAACAGGAAUGUAUCAUUUUGUCAUCAAUGGCAGCAUUGCAGAGGACCAUGAAGACUGGGCCUCCAACGGGGAAGAGGAAAGGUGCAACAUGUCUCUCACACAUUUGUUCAAACUAAAAAGUGCUUCUGGGGAACCUGCUUACACAAAUUACGUUGGUGGCUUUCAUGGAUGCCUAGAUUACAUUUUCAUUGACUUCAAUGCUUUGGAAGUUGAACAGGUGAUUCCAUUACCCAGUCACGAAGAAGUCACCACCCACCAGGCCUUGCCUAGUGUCUCCCAUCCCUCUGAUCACAUAGCACUUGUAUGUGACUUAAAAUGGAAGUAGAUGUUUGUUUAACGGAUUUAAGUCUGAAAGAGAAAUUAGUUACUUUUCAGAAAAUGUCAUAUGAAUCAAACUUCAUAAUAACCUUCAAAGAGGAAAUCUAGACACUAAGCUAACUUUACAGUCAUUCCCUACCAGUUAUGUUACAGAUGGCAUUGUUACAAAACUAAAUUCAUAAUGUUUAUGUCACAUAAUUUCUCUAUCCAUUUUUAUUUCUUACACUUGGAGGGAAACAAGUAUAUUUAUGACUAGCAAGAAGAAAAUUGAAUUGUUGUGUACAUUUUUAUAUUUUUUUAAGCUGGUAAUUAAGAAUUUUUAAAGUGCCAUUUGAAUGAUGUUAAGAUUUUUAUUUCAUAACACAUUUCACAUUGAAUUAUGUUCCUCUAAUGGAGGGGAGCGCAUACAGGUUAAGGUGGGAGACUUGAGUCCUGAUACAUGAGAAGAAUUGUAUUAGAGUCUACCUCUGUCUCAGUUUGGUUAGAAUUGACUACAAUCCCAAAGCUUGAACAAAACAUUAAAAUACACUAUCACUACUUUUA